CACUCCUGGGUCUAACUCGACGUGUCCGGAAAGCCGCGGCCAGUUUCCCUUUCGUUCUGCGGCCGCUGCUGCCGGCCGCCUGGCUCCCGCAGACCCGCGGGCGCAGCGGCCGGGGGUGAGGCGCCUGGGGGCCGCGGGCCGAGCGGCGGGGCGCCCCGGGCACCAUGCUGGACCCGUCUUCCAGCGAAGAGGAGUCGGACGAGGGGCUGGAAGAGGAGAGCCGCGAUGUGCUGGUGGCGGCCGGCGGCUCUCAGCGAGCGCCGCCGGCCCCGGCUCGGGAAGGGCGGCGGGACGCGGCGGGGCGCGCGGGCGGCGGCGGCGGCGGCGCGGCCAGACCCGUGAGCCCCAGCCCCUCGGUGCUCAGCGAGGGGCGAGACGAGGCCGAACGGCAGCUGGACGAGGAGCAGGAGCGGAGGAUCCGCCUGCAGCUCUACGUCUUCGUGGUGAGAUGCAUCGCGUACCCCUUCAACGCCAAGCAGCCUACCGACAUGGCCCGGAGGCAGCAGAAGCUUAACAAGCAACAACUGCAGUUACUGAAAGAACGGUUCCAGGCCUUCCUCAAUGGGGAAACCCAGAUUGUAGCUGAUGAAGCAUUUUGCAAUGCAGUUCGGAGUUACUAUGAGGUUUUUCUGAAGAGUGAUCGAGUGGCCAGAAUGGUUCAGAGUGGAGGAUGUUCUGCUAAUGACUUCAGAGAGGUGUUUAAGAAAAACAUAGAAAAACGUGUGCGGAGUUUACCGGAAAUUGACGGCUUGAGCAAAGAGACAGUGCUGAGCUCCUGGAUAGCCAAAUAUGAUGCCAUUUACAGGGGUGAAGAGGACGUGUGUAAACAGCCAAACAGAAUGGCCCUAAGCGCUGUUUCUGAACUUAUUCUGAGCAAGGAACAACUCUAUGAAAUGUUUCAGCAGAUUUUGGGGAUUAAGAAACUAGAACACCAGCUUCUUUAUAAUGCUUGUCAGUUGGAUAAUGCAGAUGAACAAGCAGCCCAGAUCAGAAGGGAACUUGAUGGUCGUUUGCAGUUGGCAGAGAAAAUGGCAAAGGAAAGAAAAUUCCCCAAAUUUAUAGCAAAAGAAAUGGAGACUAUGUAUAUAGAAGAGUUGCGGUCUUCAGUGAAUUUGCUAAUGGCCAAUUUGGAGAGUCUUCCGGUUUCGAAAGGUGGUCCAGAAUUUAAAUUACAAAAAUUAAAACGUUCACAGAAUUCUGCCUUUUUGGACAUGGGAGAUGAGAAUGAGAUUCAGCUGUCAAAGUCUGACGUGGUGCUGUCAUUCACCUUAGAGAUUGUCAUAAUGGAAGUGCAAGGUUUGAAGUCAGUCGCUCCCAAUCGAAUUGUUUACUGUACAAUGGAAGUGGAAGGAGGAGAGAAACUGCAGACAGACCAGGCUGAAGCCUCAAGGCCACAGUGGGGAACCCAAGGAGAUUUUACCACCACUCAUCCACGGCCUGUGGUCAAAGUAAAACUCUUCACGGAAAGCACUGGGGUCCUGGCCCUGGAAGAUAAAGAACUGGGAAGGGUGAUAUUGUACCCAACUUCUAAUAGUUCCAAAUCAGCUGAGUUGCACCGAAUGACAGUUCCAAAAAAUAGCCAGGACUCUGACUUAAAAAUCAAACUGGCAGUGCGAAUGGAUAAACCACCACAUAUGAAACAUAGUGGAUAUCUGUAUGCCCUUGGACAAAAGGUUUGGAAAAGAUGGAAAAAACGUUACUUUGUUCUUGUUCAGGUUAGCCAGUACACCUUUGCUAUGUGUAGUUAUAGAGAAAAAAAGUCUGAACCACAAGAAUUAAUGCAACUUGAAGGAUACACUGUGGAUUAUACAGAUCCCCACCCAGGCCUUCAGGGUGGUCAGAUGUUCUUCAAUGCUGUUAAAGAAGGAGACACUGUAAUAUUUGCCAGUGAUGAUGAACAGGAUAGAAUAUUGUGGGUUCAAGCCAUGUAUAGGGCCACAGGUCAAUCGUAUAAACCCAUUCCUGCAAUUCAAGCCCAGAAGCUGAAUCCUAAAGGAGGAACUCUUCAUGCAGAUGCUCAGCUUUAUGCAGACCGUUUUCAGAAACAUGGUAUGGAUGAGUUUAUUUCUGCGAAUCCCUGCAAGCUGGACCAUGCCUUCCUUUUUAGACUACUCCAGAGGCAGACUUUGGAUCACAGACUGAACGAUUCCUAUUCUUGCUUGGGGUGGUUUAGCCCUGGCCAGGUCUUUGUGUUAGAUGAGUACUGUGCCCGUUACGGUGUGAGGGGCUGUCACAGACAUCUCUGCUACCUUACGGAACUGAUGGAACAUUCAGAAAAUGGUGCUGUCAUUGACCCAACCCUGCUCCAUUACAGCUUUGCAUUCUGCGCCUCUCAUGUGCACGGCAACAGGCCUGAUGGAAUCGGAACUGUUUCAAUGGAAGAAAAAGAGAGGUUUGAGGAGAUAAAGGAAAGACUCUCUUCCCUUUUAGAGAAUCAGAUAAGCCAUUUCAGAUACUGUUUUCCCUUUGGACGACCUGAAGGUGCGCUAAAAGCUACACUUUCAUUACUCGAAAGGGUUUUAAUGAAAGAUAUUUCCACUCCCAUACCAGCAGAAGAGGUGAAAAAAGUGGUCAGAAAAUGUCUUGAGAAAGCCGCCUUGAUCAAUUACACGAGACUCACAGAAUAUGCCAAAAUAGAAGAGACCAUGAACCAGGCGACUCCUGCUAGGAAGCUGGAAGAGGUUCUUCAUCUAGCAGAGCUCUGCAUCGAAGUCUUACAGCAGAAUGAAGAGCAUCAUGCAGAGGCGUUUGCCUGGUGGCCUGAUUUAUUGGCAGAGCACGCAGAGAAGUUUUGGGCUUUAUUCACAGUGGAUAUGGAUACUGCACUGGAAGCACAACCACAAGACUCCUGGGACAGUUUUCCUCUUUUCCAACUGCUUAAUAAUUUCCUCAGAAGUGACGCACUUUUAUGUAAUGGAAAAUUUCAUAAACACUUGCAAGAAAUCUUUGUGCCCUUGGUGGUCCGCUACGUGGAUCUCAUGGAGUCCUCCAUCGCCCAGUCCAUUCACAGAGGUUUUGAGCAAGAGACAUGGCAGCCUGUCAACAAUGGCUCAGCAACAUCAGAAGACCUUUUUUGGAAACUUGAUGCACUGCAGAUGUUUGUCUUUGAUCUUCACUGGCCAGAACAAGAAUUUGCCCAUCACUUAGAGCAAAGACUUAAACUAAUGGCCAGUGAUAUGAUAGAGGCCUGUGUCAAAAGAACAAGAACUGCAUUCGAACUCAAGCUGCAAAAGGCAAGCAGAACAACUGACUUGCGCAUCCCAGCCUCUGUGUGUACAAUGUUUAACGUAUUAGUUGAUGCCAAAAAGCAAAGCACCAAACUUUGUGCCCUGGAUGGAGGACAGGAGUUUGGUAGUCAGUGGCAGCAGUACCAUUCAAAAAUAGAUGAUUUGAUUGACAACACUGUAAAAGAAAUCAUUUCACUUCUAGUUUCAAAGUUUGUUUCAGUGUUGGAAGGGGUGUUGUCUAAGCUGUCAAGAUACGACGAAGGCACUUUCUUUUCAUCCAUUCUGUCAUUCACUGUGAAAGCAGCCGCAAAAUAUGUUGAUGUUCCAAAACCAGGAAUGGAUCUGGCAGACACGUAUAUUAUGUUUGUUCGGCAAAACCAGGAUAUUCUUCGAGAAAAGGUCAAUGAGGAAAUGUAUAUAGAAAAAUUGUUUGAUCAAUGGUACAGCAGUUCCAUGAAAGUCAUUUGUGUGUGGUUGGCUGAUAGAUUAGACCUUCAGCUUCACAUUUACCAACUGAAGACGCUCAUCAAGAUUGUGAAGAAAACCUAUAGGGACUUCCGACUGCAGGGUGUGUUGGAAGGCACCCUCAACAGCAAGACCUAUGACACCCUGCACAGACGUUUAACAGUAGAGGAGGCUACAGCUUCUGUUUCGGAAGGAGGAGGACUUCAGGGCAUCACGAUGAAAGACAGCGACGAAGAAGAAGGCUGAUAAAACGCAGCUCUGCAGAAGGAAGUUGGACCUUGACAUUGUUUAUUUUGUACCUGUCCUUGUAAUUACAUUGAUUGUUUGGACCAAAUAUAAAUGCUUGUAUUUCACUCUACAUUUUCAAAAGUUAACCUGGAAGCAGAGUUAAAGGAGAAAAUGCCAAGUAUUUUUUUGAAGAAGAUCAGCCUUUUUUGUAUGGCUUGAUCUAAAAUGAUGACAUUUGGCUCUGUGAUUGGAACAUGAACCUUUAUUUUUUUUUUUGAGAAGAUGGGACUUUUUUUUUUUCUGUAAUUACAUCAAAGUCAUGUCCUGUGU